AACUACAGGUUGCCUGCCUUUCAGUUUAACUUUCAGUUUAGUCGACGAACGACAACGAUACGAACACGAAUCACUUUUGUUGUGAUUUCCGCGUGAAAACUACAGAAAAGAUUCCAAACGAAUACGAAGUCAGCAUCUCGCAGUGCAAAAUGGUUUCCGUGGAGACAGUUGGUUCUAUUUUCAUCAAGGCCCUUAAGUUGAUCAUCAACCUGGUGAUCAUCUUCCUGUACCGUUGGGGCGAUGGCGGCGAAUUUCUGGGCAUUGGCGGCACUUGGAAUCUGAACGAGGAGAAGAGCGCCGAUGCGGAAAUCGUGGCCUCGGGUGUCAUGGUUGGAUUUUUGAUUUACACUGGCUGCCAUACGAUUGCCUUUGCCUUUGGCACCACCAAACAUAAGGGAGAACUGUGCGACACCAUCAUGAACGUGGUUGGCUGCAUCAUGUGGAUCGCCGUGGGAGGAGUGGCCCUGCACUACUGGAAGGGUUACAUGUCCGACGAGGGAUUCCUGUACGUGAACUCGGAACGACAAGUGGGCAUUGCCAUGGGUUCGCUGUGCGUCAUCGAGGGCGCACUGUACCUGCUCGACACUGUGUUGGCCUGCAUUCACUAUUCAAAGGGCGACACCGACUACACGCAGUAAAUUCGCAGCCACGGGGAAUCGCAAUCGCAAUCGCAACCGCCGAAUAACCACAUCCACAUUUGUCUUUAUACUUAGAUCGCUUUAAGUGCAAAUUAGUUUGUAUCCGCAAUUAAACUACGUUCGUAAGGGUCCCUUGUCGCCAAACUAAACAUCAAACACCAAUUGUUUUAACUUUUACAAACCAUAUUAACCAUCCAAUUUUGGCAAAUACAAAUAGUUAAGACCA